UUUGAAUCAGUGCAGCAUUUUGUAAACAAAAAUUGAAUUUCGAAUCUCGUCAGCAAAGUUUCUGUUUUAGUGUAGAUUUAAAAGAAUUAACCAUAACAAAGUGUGCUUUCCCGAAGCCCGAAACGAACGAUGGACGAAGACUACGGUAGCAACGGGGAAGGCGUCACAGAUUCGCCCAAACGUGGCCCCACCCUGUCCACAUCGACAUCCAGCUUCGAACCGUUCGAUGCUCACGACCCAAACCUUUCCCGGUUGGCAACGAAAAUGUUCCAAAAGACCGGGGAGUAUGUGCAACAUGAACUCGGAACGGCGGCUGACGAUUACAAGCUUAUCGAGAGCAUGAAUCGAGCCAUGAUGGGCAAGGUGCAGGACAUGAAACAAAUGUCCCAAGCCAUCGCAACCAAAAACGCUGAACUGAAUCGAAAAUACGAGGAAUUGAAACCGCUUUUGCAAAAAGUCGAGGACAUCGAGGCCACCGUUGAUAAACUGGAGGCGGCUGCCUACCAACUGGAUUCCUACACCAUCCGGUUGGAAAACAAAUUCAAAGCACUGAAGACCAAAAAGUAAAGCUGUAGGAGUUAUAUUUAUGAUUUUAUCACAUAUCUGUGAUAUUUAAAGUUUAAGUUAUAUUAAGUUUUAAUUUACAUGAUUUCAUAAUGCAAUAUUUACCCCAAAUGUGUUUAACAAUUCGAGAUUGAUUUGUUCUUCAGUAAAAAAUAAAAAUCAAUCUAU